UCCUAGUUCGUCUCCCCACCCGGACCCGGUUCAAUCGUCGUCUGUGUGUUAGUGUGCGAGAGAGAUCUCCAUUCUUGAGGGUCAUGGGUCUCCCGCUUGAGCAGUGGCGCGGCAGCGAGGCGGACGGCGGCGGCGAGAAGGAGGCGUCGGCCGCCGGGUGCAGGACGCCGAGCAGGUCCAAGGCCCGCGCGGCCGGGGACUGCCCCGAGGCGCCCAGGAAGAGGAAGGCCGCUCCCGGAGCCGUCUCGCAGCAGCGCAACAGGGAGUACUACGAUGGUGACGACGUCGAGGCCUUCUUCGCCGCGAACAACCUUUAGGGCACCGUACCGUAGCCGCUAGCCACGAACAUGUAACUCAGCAAGUUUCUCACGGCCGGUGCAAUCUAGCUUUGCUUCUGGUUACCCCCACAAGAAGGCCGGGUGCUGAAUUAGUAGUGCGUGUGUUCUACUAUCAAUGUAAAUUAUCAAGUUUUUUUUAGCUUGGA